UGGGAUGUAGGGCUGGAUACGGCGUAAGCUGUCAGUGGCCCUUACAAACCCAACAACAACUGUGUAGUUGUGCUCCACGCGGCCAGCACAGUGUUAUAAUACAGAGUUCCUUGUCUCUGUGUAUAACAUCAAUUAAGACGUUUGGCUGAUAUUUGUGUGUGCAAGACGCAGCCAUGGGUAAAAGGAGGAAAACUGGAGGUGGCAGUCAAAAGCAAUAUUCUGUCAAUAAAGUUAAUGAAGAGAACUUACAUUCAUCACUUUUGAACCCAGAAGAACGUGGUUACAUAUAUGAUGAAGUGGAUGAUUUUGAGGAUGACCAGGAUCGUUUGGCUCUCAGUAUGGCAAAGAAACUAAUGGCACGAAAGGAAACGUCUUACGAACAAGUAUUAGGCAUUGAUGCAAGUUCCUCUGAUGAGGCUAGUGGUGACAGUGAAGAAAAGGGAAGUGAUGAAGAUAACUUGUAUAUGGAAGAUGAUAUUGUUGAUGAACCUGAGUUCAAAAUUCCUGAUGAAAGAGCAUGGGGCAAAGCUAAAUGGAAAUAUAUUGGCACAGACACCACUGAUGAAAAUAUUCAGAAAAAACUACGCAGUCAGGAUGAGGAAAUGGCCAAACUUGAAGAAGAUGCAGCUAGGAAACUGCAGGAGCGUAUGGCUGCAGAGUUACAGGACCUUGUUGCUAGUGAUCUCAUUCCUCAGGUCAAAAGGUGUGAGGAGGUUACCUCUUCUCUAUCCUUGCUGAUGGAAGGUGUGGGAACAAGACAUAUUGAAUCAACUGCCGUAUUUCAGUAUAUCACUACCAAAUAUAGACUGACCCUCAACUAUUUGUGCGUGCUGUGUAUUUACAUGCUUACAAAGUGCAGUCAGCGGUCUCUGGGUAAUCAUCCACUAGUGAGUCGACUAGCUCAGUUUCGCCAGCUUUUUCAGGGAGUGCAUACCCUGGUAUAUGCGGAUGAUGUGGCCCUCAUGUGCAGUGCCCCAGCUUUACUGACAGCACAGGAAACACUUCAGGGUGCCCUGCAGUGCAUAACAUCAUGGGCCACCACCUGGGGUUUGGAGGUUAGUGACACUAAGUCCAAGCUCUUAUGCUUUACUAGAUGCAGACUCCCCACUCUUCCAUCAGUCUCAUUGAAUCAGAUGCCAAUCCCUUUGGUCUCUUCUCAUUGUUGGUUGGGAGUCACCUUAGAUGUACCAUUCUUGACAUGGAAGAAACACGUAGCUGCCCUCCACCUCUCGUGUGCACGUCGCAUUACACUUAUGUGCCGGAUCUCUGGCACCAAGUGGGGGGGCAGAUCAAGACCUUCUCCAUAA